GCCAAACUCCCCAACUCCGCCCUCGUCCCCGCGGGAUCCCGGAGCCCGAGCCGGCCUGGGGCCGAGGCCGCCCGAGCCGCGCGGUGAGCGAACAUGGCAGCAGAAUGAGGAGGCUGGCGCCGGGUCGUGGCCGCCCGCGCCGCGCUGCAGCUCGAGAUCCGCGCCCGGCGCCCUCCGAGCCGCGUGCUUAGCCGGCCUCCUGGCGGCCGCUGGAUUAUUUCAUUCCGAGCCGAGGGCGGGCGAGAAAAGGGACCCCGCAGCCGCGCGGGUCGGUGCUCGGGCAGGCUGUAGAGGCUCGUGGGUGCGAGUCGCCGGCUGCGGAAACCACGCGGGAGAGAGCGGGUCGCCGGAGCUGCGGAGGCACGGACGCGGGGAUGAGCCGGCCAUGGGGCGGCCGCGGCGGGGCUCGCAGAGCCGGCCGGCGCUGCGGCGGGGGUGCCGCCUGAGCCGGGGCUCCGCGGGGCUUCGGGGCCUCGGGCGCCCCGGGGGGAUCCCUGCCGCCGCCCCCGGGAGGGACGAGAGCCCCGCGUGGCGGACACUGCAGCAGACGCCGUACUGAGGCGCCCCGAGCCUGCUCCGCCCGCAGCUCGGUGCGCUCUCGGCACCCGGGCGCCUUGCCGGGGGCACGGGCGGCUGGCGCACCGCGGAGAGCCCGGCGCAGGACUGGCUAGAGGGGUGUGUGUGAGCGCGUUGGAUUGGAGAUCUGAGCUAAGGCAGAACCCGGCGGACCAGAGCAGCCAUGCUUCCCGGGGUGGGCGUGUUCGGCACCAGCCUCACGGCCCGUGUCAUCAUCCCGCUGCUGAAAGAUGAGGGCUUCGCGGUGAAGGCGCUGUGGGGCCGCACGCAAGAGGAAGCGGAGGAGCUGGCCAAGGAGAUGAGCGUCCCCUUCUACACCAGCCGCAUUGACGAGGUGCUGCUGCAUCAGGACGUGGACUUGGUGUGCAUCAACCUGCCGCCGCCCCUCACCAGGCAGAUCGCUGUCAAAACCCUGGGCAUCGGCAAGAACGUCAUCUGCGACCGCACGGCCACGCCGCUGGACGCCUUCCGCAUGAUGUCGGCCGCGCACUACUACCCCAAGCUCAUGAGCAUCAUGGGCAACGUGCUGCGCUUCCUGCCGGCCUUCGUGCGCAUGAAGCAGCUCAUCGAGGAGGGCUACGUGGGCGAGCUGCUGGUGUGCGAGGUGCAGGUGCACAGCGGCAGCCUGCUGGGCAAGAAGUACAACUGGAGCUGCGACGACCUGAUGGGCGGCGGCGGCCUGCACUCGGUGGGCACCUACAUCAUCGACCUGCUCACCUUCCUCACCGGCCAGAAGGCCGUCAAGGUCCACGGGCUGCUCAAGACCUUCGUGAAGCAGACCGACCACAUCAAGGGCAUCCGCCAGAUCACCAGCGACGACUUCUGCACCUUCCAGAUGGUGCUGGAGGGCGGCGUGUGCUGCACCGUCACCCUCAACUUCAAUGUGCCCGGCGAGUUCAAGCAGGACGUGACCGUGGUGGGCUCGGCCGGGCGCCUGCUGGCGGCGGGCACGGACCUGUACGGGCAGCGCAACAGCGCGGCGGAGCAGGAGCUGCUGCUGCAGGACGCCACGCCGGUCAGCAACUCCCUGCUGCCCGAGAAGGCCUUCAGCGACAUCCCGGCGCCCUACCUGCGCGGCACCAUCAAGAUGAUGCAGGCCGUGCGCCAGGCCUUCCAGGACCAGGACGACCGGCGCACGUGGGACGGGCGGCCGCUCACCAUGGCCGCCACCUUCGAUGACUGCCUGUACGCCCUGUGCGUGGUGGACACCAUCAAGCGGUCCAGCCAGACGGGCGAGUGGCAGAACAUUGCCAUCAUGACAGAGGAGCCCGAGCUGAGCCCCGCCUACCUGAUCAGCGAGGCCAUGCGCCGCAGCCGGAUGUCCCUGUACUGUUAGCCCAGGACUGGGGACCUAGGCGGACGCAGGUCUUGGGCGUGGAGCCCGGAGUGGAGGAAGGAAGGCGAGGGGCGGGGGCAGAGGCGGCCUCGAGGUGUGCAGGGCGGGAAGGUGGCGGGGGUCAGUGUGAGUAAGUGGCAUUGGGAGGGGUGAACCCCCAGCCCGGGUGAGGGGCACCGAAGAAGACUGAUGGCGGGCUGAGCCAAUAGUGGCCGGGAGUAUUAGGGGCGUGGGGUGUGGGGGCUGCUAUUCCUGACAUCAUGCCUGCCGGGCCUUCGCAUAAAGGGGGAGGAGGCUUAGCAGCUUCCGUUGCCCUUGACCAUGAGAAGCAGAGAGGGGGUGCUUUCCUCCUCUGCUCAUCCACCCCUUCAC